AUGUUUAACGGUGUUUCGAGCGGAACCACUACUCCUUUGGUUAAUACACCAAAAAGUACUCCCUCUACACCUGCUGGUUCUUCAUCAUCGUUUGGAGGAAAUAUCUUCUCAAACGGUUUAAAUAUAUUAGGAUCCAAUGCAACGGAACAACAGACAACACCAAGUAUCAACAGAUCAAAAGGGAUUAAUGCUUGGCAGGUUUGUCCUGGUUCUAUUAAUCCCUAUCCUCAAGCUUUUACAUGGUCAACAUUUAUGGGUGAUGAAGUGAUUGCUUUUGCAAGCGGAAGACAUGUUAUGGUUUAUUGUGGAAAUAGUUUUGUUCAAUUAUUGGAUGGUCAUGAUGAAACUAUUACCAGCGUAAAAUGGAGUAAUCUUCAUGGAAGAAUUGCUGCUUGCUCAAGAGGAAAAAUUGUUAUUUAUUCUCCAGUUGAAGAUGAGGUUGACAAUGGUGCCUUGAAAAAGAGCCCUUCUUGGAUUGUUGAACAGGUUAUUAACUCAACAGAUGAAUUCGAAUGCAUGGAUUGGAAUUUUUAUGGUGAUAGACUAAUUGUUGGUGGAAAAACUACAAUGAUUUUUGAAGGAAAACCUAUUCUAGGAAAUCAAGUUUAUAAAUGGAAUAUGGUUUGGAAAUAUGACAAUCCAACUCCAAUUUACUUAGUUGCAUAUUCACCAGAUGAAAAAUAUUUUGCAACAGUGUCCAAGUUUGAUCGUCUUGUAAAGGUUUGGUAUAGAAACAAACCUCAAGUCAGAGUAUCAUUAUUUACUCCAGUAAUUACUAUUGUAGAUCCAAAAUCUACUUCACAAACUAUUGAGGAUGAUGAAGAAGAAAGUUUUUCCUACAUUUAUUUACCUCAUCCUCGUUCAGUUACUUCCAUCUCAUGGAGAUUUAAGGAUAUACAAUCACAACAAAGAGAUGAAUUUACAGCUAAUGUUUUAUUGACAACAUCUAUUGACAAUGUG